AUGGCCAUGGAUCCCCCGGCCGCCGCCGCCACCACGAGCCAGCAGCCGCCCUCGCCGCCGGGUUUCUUGACGUUCCUGAAGCACGGCGCCGUCCUCCCGGCCCGGAACGGCGCGCUCUUCGCCCCGCUGCUGGUCCUCACGGCGGCCCUCGCCGCGGCGCUGCUCCUCGGCAACGCCCUCUCCGUGCAGCCGCUGGCGGCCGCCGUGCUUCUCGACGCGGACGCCAUCAGCCGCGUGGACCCGGCCACCGCCGCGUACCGGGACCUCGUGAGGGCCCUCCAGUCCGACCUCCGGCGCCUGCUGCUCGCCAUCGGAGCCUGCCUCCUGGGCGCCGUGGUGGCCGGGUCCGCCAUCAAGAUCGCCACCGUCUUCGCCGCCGUCGCCGCCUUCUCCGCCGCCGCCGCCGACGGCGACGGGCGCGCCGCCACCGUGUCCGCGGCGCUCGGCGCGGCGAAGGGCAACAUCUGGGGCCCCAUACUGACUGUCGCGUUCGGAUACGUCCUGGAGCUGGCCUGCGCCGCCGCCAUCGUCGCCCUGGCCGUGCUCGCGGUGGUCCUCCUCGACUACUCCCUCCUGCUCCUCUUCCUCGACGUGCUGCUGGCGCUCCUGGCCGCCCUCUUCCUCGUCUACCUCACCGUCGUCUGCGCCGUGGCCGUGGCCGUGUCCGCGGCGGAGCCCGGGCGGCGCGGCGCCGGCGCGGUGGGGCGCGCGUGGCGGCUCAUGCGGGGCCGGGGCGCGCAGGCCGUGGUGUACGUGGUCGCCACGUGCGCGCUCGGCGCCGCGGUGUCGCCCGUGUACACGCUCGCGCUCAGCUGGUGGCCCCGCAGCGCCGCCGCCGGGGUGGCCGCGGGCGUCGCCUACGUGCUGCUGCUCGGCGCCGUGGAGGUGUUCUCCGUCGCCGCCGUCACCGCCUACUACUUCGAGUGCAGGGAGAGCGUGGAGGAAGUGGAGGAGAUCAUGGCGGGCCAUAGGUACAUCAAGCUGCCCAAUGAGGACGAAGCCGCCAACAUCUGA